AUGGCCCUGGCUCUGCGGCCGCAGCACGCCGCCGCCGGCGUCGUGGGCGCCGUGUUGCUGCGCCACGCGGACCUGCUCUACCAUGCCUUCCUGCACCAGGCUGGCUGGGGCGCCUCUGGCGGCGUGGAGGCGGCGGUGAGCGCCGCCCGCAAGGCCGCGGAGGCGGCCACCAUCGCCGCGGCCGCGGCCACAGGAGCGGGCGCGGCCCGCGAGGAGCAGUGCCCCCAGCCGCCCGAGUGGCUGAGUGCGCCGGUGCCUCUGGCUUGCCCCGAGCCGCCGGCCUGCGAGUGCCGGUGUGAGGGCGCUGGCGAGGAGGCGACCGAGGGGCACGAGCUGACGCAGCAGCCCGCCUGGCAGGUGCUGGGGUCGGCCCUGGGCCACAUCCUGGUGGUGAGCGUCGGCAAGACAGCGGCAAGCGCGGAGGAGCCGAGCCUGCGCGUGCCGCAGUGGAGAGGGCUGGCAGCGCUCCGACUGGCAAGCGGCCGCGCCAUCGGGGAGGAGGCGUUCUGGAGUGAACUCCUCCCAGGCGGCUACGUGGCCGUCUAUCACAGUGACGACAGUGUAUGGCAUGAGAGAUUGCUGCUGGGCCAAGUGGAUGCCCAGCACUGGGUGAUAGACACGCCCGACCAUGACAUGUACAUCGAGAACAUCGCUUGCACCAGUCCUGAGGACGGCCCUUGCCGCGCCGUGGUGCUGGAUGACAGUGGGGCCCUGCCCGUCUUCUUGCGGGGCCGCACCUACCGCUUCAAGGAGUACCUGGGGGAGGAGGACCUGUUGGCGCGCCUGCGGGAGGCAGGUCAGCUGGCAGUCGAGAUGGGCUUCGACAAGCCCGCGCACACGCUGUACCUGGACUCCCUGGGGGAGCGCAAGCCGCUGCCCGUUGCUGAGGCUGCGGUGCGCCGUCGCCGUAAGGGCCUGCCGGUGCCGCCGCCUACGGAGCCGCCCCCGGCCAUCGGGGUCGCGAGGGGCUCGACGCGCUGGGUGUCCAUGGAGACGCUAGGCUCCAUCAAGCGCGGUGACGAGAUAGAGCUGGCGGACAGCGAUAAGGUGAUGGGCGAGAGGGCGCUUCACAGGCUCCCAGACGGCCAGGUCGUCACCGCCUGCCCCGCCUCCAGCCUGGCCGCCAAUCAGGAGGUGCGCGGUGCUGGGGAUGGAGCUGACGCCCGCGUGCUGUCGCCGGUGGUCUACGAUCCAGGAGGACGCCGCUGGUCGGAGUUCUCGGCGGCGGUCUCUCGCAUGCGGGUGGCGCCGAUGGAUGACUUCCCGCUCGAGGGCGAGAGGUCCGCGCUGUGGCUCUUCCAGUAUGUGCGGGACCACGGCGGGACCUUCGACGCGCGGCAGACGAAGUGGGCCAUGGAGCAGCGCAUCUCGCCCGAUUCCACGGCCUUCUUGAUGCACGACCUGGUGGGGUUGGCGCUGGACUUGUCGGUGUGCUACGACCAGUGCGACGGCGGCAACCUGGCCAGCGUGGAGGUGCUGCCGCGGCUGCACCAACUGGUGGAGGAGACCAGCGGGACGCUGCAGCUGGAGGGCAUCGAACGCUACCUGGGCCGCGACAGGACAGGAGGUCUGCGCCGCGGCGUGGCGCUCAACCCGUCGCUGGCGCAGUGCGCGACGGAGAAGAAGAGCAAGGAGACGGAGGUGAUGAAGCAGCGGCGGAAGGCUUGCGAGGAGGAGGAGGCCGCCAAGAAGAACAAAGGAGGCAAGCCAGGCGCUGGCAAG